UAGCUGGUUAUUAUUCACUUCUCAGUCUCAGUCCUUCCUCACAAUUUCGUGUGCCUCGUCACCCGGCAAUCUCUCCGCCGGCGACGGGAGACGAGACAACAUGCCAGACCCCCUUCUGCACCCGAGCCUUCUCGCAGGCGUGGAGUGAAGAAGCGAAUCGUCCCGGCUUGGAUAUGUUUCUCUUUUACUGGUGAUGAUGGUGAGGAACCCUAUCUGUGAUCCGAUGGAUUGCUGUAAUGACAUUCUUCGUUCUCGGUGUUCUUCAGCGCGCAAGAUCGAUUUCAGUUGACCCCACAAGAGUCGCCGCAGUUUAUAUUUCAAGAAUCUUUUAGGGGGAUUCAGUUAAACAUCCAUGCCCGCGCUGAGACUUCCCCUGGAAAUCAAGAUUCAAGAACCAUCUCCAUCAAUGGAUGACGCGGGAGGGGACAUUCUCCCGUCUCUCGGCCGCGUGCGCCUCGGCGAUCUCGCGGCCGUCGAGGGCCUCGCUUCCGACAGCUACAAGAUAUGCGUAUCGACACUGAUGCAGUCGCUGGCUCAGUACUCGGCAGCCAUCAUCCAGCUGCCUCCGGCCGAUGCUGCCCUCUUAAGGUCUGGUCUGGACUCCGCUCGCCUCUUCUUCCACCAGCGAGUGUAUGAUUCGGUGGGCGAUGUUGUCCAUUCGGAUGACGCCCGCGAGUGGAAGACAUCUGGUUACUAUGCAGAUCCUCAAAUGUGGCUGGAAAUGUAUGAUUAUAGGCCUGGUGUUACUGUCAGAGAGCAUGGUGGCGCAAUGGAAUUGUCCCCGUCUGGGCUGCCCGACAUAUUUUCAAUGCUUGGGAAAGUUUGCCGAGAUAUCUUGGAUGCGGUUAGCUUCUCACUGAAUCUCCGUAGUUGUGUGUUUACUGAGAUACUCGACAACAUGCCAUUGAGAAGCCAGGAAGUGUCGUCCUCUGUUCUUUCAGCAUGUUGCCAUUCGAGGCCAUCAUUUGAAGAAGCACAGCAGCAUGGUAUUGCUUCUCCCGAUGACAGUCAAUUGCUCAUGUUUUCUGAGCAGGAGCAACAGAUCGACAAGACUUUGCUUACACUAGUUAAGUCUGAUAGGUCAGGCUUAUAUAUCAAGGACUUGCAUGGACGCUGGAUUCUUGUUGAUGGGGACCUUGGUCCACAUGAUAUUGUUGUAUAUCCUGGCCUUGCGCUUUAUCAGGAAACCUCUGGCUAUGUAAAUCCAGCUGUGCACAAGACAGAGGUUGGAAACUUGCAGGGAUGUAUGUUUGGGCGUUGUUCUUUGGCGUUUAAGCUCACACCGAGAUUUGUUGCUAGGCCUGGUGGUUCAGAGAUGGGAGCUGCUGGUCAUGGUGUUGAUACUCAGUUUCAGGUCCCCGUAACAGUUACUGAGUUCAUGCAAACAGAUCAUUCUGCUGAUCAACUUUUUCCCAAGAACAAUGAAUCAUCAUCCCAGGCAGAGCAGGAUGCAUCACCUAACUCCGUGACAAAGAAAAAAAAGGGAAUUACAAGAACAAAGUCACUCCCUCCUUCCAAAAGACUUCGCCUAGAGGCACAGAGAGUGCUCAAGGAGCGUGUCCAGGAUAUUGCAGACAGGAGAGGCAUCAAACUGAGAUUUUGCAAUCUCAAAGAAUGUGAAAGUCACAUACGGUCAUUGGACAGUCCUUGUGAUAAUAUCCGAACUGAAAUCGGAUGGCCGCAAGGGGUUCCAUUUGUCCAUCCGCAUGACCUCCCAAACAAGGCAAAGCUUGGGUUUCUGGAAGCUUAUGAACCGGGAUGGACUGCUUCCCAGCAAGACGAGGAGCCAGUCUCUGUAAAUCUGUAUGUGCUACCAACCCUGGAUACUUUUUGACUUGCCAAGGUUGGCCAGUAGUCUGAUGAUCUCGCCACAUGUUUGAGGAGGAAGGUUCAUGUACUGACACCCAGACACCGUUGACAUAUAUACCCGUAGUGUUCAGCUCGUGUAGUUAGAAACUACCUUGUGAACUGUAGAUGGUAAAUGGUUGCUGCUUCAUGGCCCUACUUCACCGUGCGGUCGUGUUGCAGAUGUGGCGGCAAACUUGGAGAUCUUGGGCUUCUAGCUGUGUGAUGAAACUCUUCAUUUGGUUGUUCAUCUAGGAGCCUGGACCUUGUAGCGAGGAGACCAUGCAGCACCUUCCGAGCGGCCAAAUCUGGUACGAGGAACUGUUCGACAAGUUUUAUUCCGUCGGCUGACAAUGCCUUCAAUCGUAGACUGGUGCCUUGGUGAUGCUUGUCACGGUUUGGGGGAUUCAGAAGCUGCAGUACCGUUGAAUCUUUACCAGCGAUCGCCGCCUGAAUGUACGAGAGUUGAUGAUGCUUGCAAUUAAGUUCGUUCUAACAGUGCAUCCAAGUGCAAAAGCUUUUGCCAUUUCUUGAGAAAGAAACGAAAGUGUAGUGCUUGUCAUUGGCUGCCAACUCGUCAUGAUUUCUUGUUCACUUUUUACUUGAAUGACUGCUGGCUGCUGUGCCUGCAUAUAUAAGGCCAACUCAAACGCAUGACCCCUAA